AUGGCAGCAAUCAGCGACAUCCCGCGAGAAGUCCUCAUCCUCGUUUAUGUCCUAUGUCCAGACAUACGAACUGCCGUACGACUGUCGUUGUCAUGUCGGGAGUAUCGCGAAGUCUGGCUGGAGAACUGCAAGCACAUCGCGAAAACAAUCUUAGAAUCUGAGAUACCUGCCUAUGAAGACGCUGCUGAGCUGGCCAUUGCCGAGUCUCGUUACCGCAACCAAGACACCAUCAACGCAUGCGCGAGUGCAAGCAAUGCGCCUGAUCGUGGCGACCCUGGCGUAGCGCAGGCACCAGUGCACCUUUGGCUGCCAUGUCUCUUACGCAACGCUGGACUAGCAACGGCAGUGUACACCGAAAUCGAAGCAUGGCUGAUGGCACGUCCCCCGGAUGAUCCUCGAUGGAAAGUUCAGUUUACGCCGUGGCCCAUGUCGUACUAUUUCGUACGGCAACUGGCCUUGUCCUACCACUUGCCGACCCUCAGGCCUGCGCUUAUAUCAGCUUUAGAGACUUGCAGUCCGGACACAUUGCAAACUCAUCAGCAGAUGAGCUCUUUUAUGGUGGAGUGGCUCAGCAGCGAGGAGCAGCUGCGGCAUGGCAUCCCCAAGGCCGACGAAGAGAGGACUCUUGACGACGAGCUGAAGGACAAUUUCAGUCAGCCGGACUGGGAGCAAGCACACGAUGUCAUGUUUGAGGCAUGGGAGCGGAGGGGAUGCAGAGCACUUCUGCGUGGACCGCAUCGUGGCGAAGAGGAGAAUUAG